CUAAAAUGACACAGUCAACUCACUGUAACCGCCCCUGUAGAUUGUUCUAUUCGGCCAUUUUUGUUAACACUGUCAGAUUUCUAAAUUUACAGAUGCUAUUGAUGUGCUUUGGAAUCAAGAUUGUGUUUUCAUACAAAGUACCAGAUAUAUCUUGAAGGCUUCCAUUUAUAAGGAUUUCUGAGAGAUUUUAAAGACUUUAUAGUGAUUCUUCGUUUUCAUUGUAUGGUUAUAUUUCAUGAGGACAACUUUAGAUUAGAUGAAUAUCAUUUAUGUUCUAACAUUGUGGAUAUUCCUAUUUGUGACAGACACUCAUAGCUUCACUUAGUUGUAAAUAAGUUUAAAUAUUUUUGUUAAAGUUGUAUUACUUUGGUGAGACUAUUUAUUAAACACCUGCUAUUACUUUAAGAAACUUUCAAUAAUUCAUAAUGGCAAAAGAGGAAUUGAGACAGAAUGAUAAUGCUAAUGAGCAAGGUUGGAAGGCUAAACUAAAUGUUCCUCCUCCAGAUCACAGAAUCAGAACAUCUGAUGUGACCAACACAAAGGGUAAUGAAUUUGAGGAUUUUUGCCUUAAAAGAGACCUAUUGAUGGGAAUAUUUGAAAAAGGAUGGGAAAAGCCAUCACCUAUUCAAGAAGCAAGUAUUCCAAUAGCUCUAACAGGCCGGGAUAUUUUAGCACGUGCAAAAAAUGGAACAGGCAAGACUGGAGCAUAUGCCAUUCCUUGUUUGGAAAAAGUUGAUGCUUCUAAAGAUUUAGUACAAGCUCUUAUAAUAGUACCUACCCGAGAACUUGCCUUGCAGACUAGUCAGAUUUGCAUUGAACUUAGCAAACAUAUUGGUUGUCGUUGCAUGGUAACUACUGGAGGCACAAAUCUUAAAGAUGAUAUUUUGAGGUUAACAGAACCAGUUCAUGUAAUAAUAGCAACUCCUGGACGCAUUCUUGAUUUAAUGAACAAAAACUUGGUUAAAAUACAGAAUUGUGGAACACUUAUUUUAGAUGAGGCUGAUAAGUUAUUGUCUCAAGAUUUCAAAGGCAUGCUUGAUAGUAUUAUUGGUCAUUUACCUAAAGAUAGACAAAUAAUGCUUUACUCGGCUACAUUCCCUCUAACUGUCGAGGCUUUCAUGAGAAAACACCUGAAAAACCCUUAUGAAAUCAAUCUCAUGGAGGAGCUUACUUUAAAAGGAGUUACACAAUACUAUGCCUUCGUUCAAGAAAAACAAAAGGUUCACUGUCUCAAUACAUUAUUCUCAAAACUUCAAAUCAACCAGUCCAUCAUAUUCUGCAAUUCUACACAACGUGUUGAGUUGCUAGCAAAAAAAAUUACAGAACUAGGUUAUUCUUGUUACUAUAUUCAUGCUAAGAUGAACCAACAGCAUCGCAAUAGAGUGUUUCAUGACUUCCGAAAAGGACUCUGUAGAAAUCUAGUAUGCUCAGAUCUAUUUACUAGAGGUAUUGACAUCCAAGCUGUAAAUGUUGUUAUAAACUUUGACUUCCCUAAACAUUCAGAGACCUACCUGCAUAGGAUUGGUAGGUCUGGAAGAUAUGGGCAUCUUGGUGUUGCUAUAAAUCUAAUCACAUAUGAUGACAGAUUUGCUCUUCACAAAAUAGAACAAGAGCUGGGUACAGAAAUCAAACCUAUCCCAAAGACAAUUGACCCGUCCUUAUAUGUUGCUGAAGCUCAGCAAGUAGACCCUGAAGCUGAAGAAGAAUACUAUAGACAACAGCAGAAUCAACAGCAGCAGCGAACUAAUAACAAUCAUCAACAGCAAGCGCCAAGAGGACAACCAACUCACCAGCAGCAAACUGUAGCUUGAAUUCAUUAGUUUGCCUGCCUAGAAUGUGAAGUUUUUUUUUUUUUUUGUUUUUUUUUUUUUCAUUGACUAAGGAUUUUUUAAAUUUCAUUUUGGAAAUUACAACAGUUUACCAGGAUGUGUGAAAAGUUGUGCCAGUGUAAAAGUUAAUUGUGGUAUAGUUUUUGAGGAUGUUUGACUCAAUGAUAUAAUAUGCUUCCUUACAAAUCGCUCCUGACUCACAAAUGAAAAUGGGAGUCUGUAAUGGUCAAAUACUCUUUUGAGAGCUAAUUAAAAAAAACUUCAGUUGAGCUUCCAACACUAAAGAAAUGGAUGGAGAUAAAAACUCAUGAAGUGUAAAAUACCUUUGUACAGAAUCGCGUGUGAGGUGUUUUGAAUGCAUUAUUUCUCGAACAUUUGGACAUCAUUGUCCUUGGUGAUUUAUACAGCUGACAUGCAUUGUGGAACAAUAUGUGAUUCAUUGUUAGUGUUGAUUGUCAUGUAUCAGUUUUACAGAAUCAGAUGAUCUGAAUGCAUGACAACAACUACUUGGCAACAACUACUUUGCAACGCUGCAGCACUGGUGCAAUUAACAAAUAAAUGCUUUGUUCUGAAUUCUACUAUUUUUUGUAUCAACACAUCAGAUGGAAUGGCUUUUGUCAGAACAAAGCAGAACUGUGCAGAACAAAGUAGGAAAACGAUUGUGUUGACCUUUAACAUUACUUGACCAUGCAUGUCAUAGGACCAACACUUCUACUCGUGAUCUGCACGCAUUCUUUUGACCAAUAAGGCAGCAAAUGCUUUUACUUUUCUAUUCACAUGCUACUGAUAGAGAUUUGGAAACCAUUCUAGCUCAACUUAACAAUUUAGCAGUGCUUAUUUCAAUUACAGACCUUCAUUUGGAUAAUCUUUCUCCACCCAGUGAUGUGCUAUAAAAGUUGUGUAACUUGAAAAGCUUAUGACAUUGAAUGCAUUAGUUGUGUGUGUAUGUAUGUUCUGCUGAUUUUUUUUUUUUUUUUCAAUUGGUACUUAGUUUUUAUUGAAUAGUGUAAAUUAAAGAAAAAAGCAUUUUAAAAAAAUUUAAAAAAUACUUUACUAGAUAGGUGUUAUAUUUAAGGGAAAGUUGAGUUUAAAAAGUGUUUUUCAAUGCUGAAAGUGGAAAACCAUGAUAAUGCCCCACCUCACCCCAAUAGUUCAUUUAAUGAAACACAUUAAAAAUAUAUUUCAAACAGUAAUUCUUGUACACUAUAAACAAGGUUGUCUUGUUAUUAUUUAUACAUAUUUAUAUAUAUACAUACAAUAAGUCAUUUAACAAAGCAUUUCUAAUUGCCAUACUUGCUUUGAGAAAUUUUGCUUCCCCUAUUUUUUUUUCUUCCCCCCACUGUGUGAUAUGGUAUGUAUGUUUCAUUCUAUUGAUUGUGAGCAAAGAUUGAAAUUGUAAUAUAUGUUUACUAGUUCAGAAGAGACAGAGAACUUGUUUAAAAAAAAAAAGCAAGUUCUUUCUGUCAAGAGGAUGUGUUAGUUUAUCAGCUGUGUUGAACCUGGUUUUGUGUAUGUCUGUUUGGAUCAACUUAUUUUUAAUGCAAGAACUUUAAAAAAAAAAAUAUUUGAAUGGAUGUGAGAGUAGUAGUGAAAUUCAGUGCCAUUUUGUUCCUGAGCACUGUUGAACUUUACCAGAAUGUUAAAAUAUUUUUUUUAAGUGUUGUUUGUUGGUAUUUUCCCAACCCAAUGUUUCACAAUGUUGAUGUAAAUAAGAAAUAUCUAUGUAAAAUCUAAUUUAAUACAAACUACCACAUUACAUUGUCAUCUCUUGGAUAGAGGUGAGAAUAGCGUCAUGUUUAUGUCAAGUUUUUCAACAUUUCAUCUAAACACUCAGGGCAGUGAGGUGUAACCAGUGUUAGAAAUUAUCUCUAUAACAUGCCUAUUUGUAAACAAUAGUGUUAUUUGGAUUUUUUAAAAACAGGUUUCUUGAAAAAAAAAACUAAUGCUACAAGGUUUUACGAAAAAGUAUAAACCUAUUGCCUAAGAUUUAAAGAAGGCUUUAGUAAAAGGUUUUUCUUGAGGUAGUCUUAAAAUCAUCGUUUUGCCACUAAAGAAACCGUAAUUUUACAAUUUGCAUAGAGUUAACUAUGUUGAGAAUUGAUUGGCUAACUAAAUCUUGUUAUAGUACACUUAUCUGCCCUGAGUUACUCACUAUUGCAAACAAGAUUAAGAUAUACAAUUUAUAUUCUAUUGAAGAAGUUAAUGGUACCCCCAUCCCAGUGCCAGUGGGUGAAAAGAAGCUUAGGUGUUCCCUUUACUGAGAUCAUAUUUUGUUAGAAAUUGAGUUAACUGUACAUUGGCAUUGGUUACAUUUUGUGUGUUUUUUUUUUUUUUUCUUAAUUUUAAAGAAAAUGUGCUCCUGCUUAAUUCAUCAAAGUAUUACUGAGUCAGGUAAACUAGUGUUUAAUUCAUGUUUGUUUACAGAAUAGAUGCUUAUAAAUGUGAGUGAGUGAUUUUUGAAAAGAUUUUGGACUAUCUCUUGGUCAUGACUAACUAUUAUUAAAAAUAUACUUGUUGGGAUAGUUAAAUACCAUUGAGCUCAUCAAAUCUAUUAUGUUCUUAUUAGUUUUAAAUCUCUGAUUUAGAGUAGACGGAGCCAAUGAAAACAUUUCCUUCCAAAAGAGUAUUAAAACCCUUUUCCAAAUAGGUUACCACAAAGAUUAGAUUUUACUAUGGAUAAAAUAAUGAAAUCCAACUUGAACUUAACAUUCUCAGACAGAAGGCAUUUCUUAUUUCUGUCAUGUAUCUGCUGUUCAUCUUGAGUUUCCCAUCAGUGCCUUUGGUUGUGUUUGUAAAGCUUGACUAAUUCUAUCUCAGGAUGUGUGUAGUUUGGAAGAAUGCUGUUUAUUUGGCCCAUUCUUAUUCUGAGGAAGCUCAAGAUGUUAGGCAUUAAGUUCUUCUCAGUGGUGAUACAGUGAUCCUUAGUCUUUUGUUGGUGUUAUUUUAAUGUAUUGAAUGCUUUAAAGACAUAAUUAUAGCAACCAUCCAAUAUGGUUUUGCAAUUAAAUUACAAAAAAAAUAGUGCUUUAGCAGUUGAUCACUGCUACAGAAUUUUGUAAGGUUGUUAGGUUUAAAAACUCCUGUUUUUUGUUUUAAAUGUUAAAUGAUACAACAGAGCAUAAAGUGUAUGGAUUAUAUUAACAUGCCCAAGUUGUAUGGUGAUAUAUAUGCAUUAUUUUAUGUUAGAACAUUUUAUUUGUGUUUUAGGCAGUACUUUCAUGUUAAGUUACAAUACUAAGGUCUAUAUUAUUAACAUUUAAAAGCUUUUUUUUUUUUUUUUUAAUUGUUUUAAUGUUGUUGUUUUUUUUUUUUUUACUAUAACAAUUUUCAAGAGUAUUGUCGAAAUAAUUAGAAAAACAAAAAUUGUAAACAAUUCUGAACAUAUUGUUCAUUUGACAUUUCUGAAAUUAGUUUCUACAUUACCUAAUUUUUGUGAUGUAAACCUAACAUUUUUCCUUUCUUGAACUUUUUUUUUUCCUUUCUACUAACACCAGUUACCAGAUAGACAAUCUAUUCAUUUUAUCUCUUAAAAUUUAUUUAUGGCUUUUUUAGGCUUAUUUCCUAAUCUGGCAACUGAUGUUGAAACUAGUGUACAAUGCACUCUUUUUUGGAGUGGCUUGGAACAUGUUUGACAAGUUUCUAAAAGAUAACAAAAAAAAAAUUGUGUGUUUCAAUUAAAAAACACCAUGUAACUGUAAACAUCUUUUGUUUUCCACACCAUUCAAAAAUUAAAAUUACAUUUUGGGAACAAUUUUCAAAGUGGUUAAAAUGUAGCCACUAGAAGUGGUGUGUGAAGUCUGUCAAUGUCUUGUCUUGGUGAGUGACUGUCUUGUUAGUUUUGUCUUGUUGUGUCAUUGUUUCAAACAGUUCUGCAAUGAUAUGGACUAGAGAAACAGUCAUUACAGUAUGCCACUAGUCAGUUUGGCAGAACAAAUUUGUCUUUGUGGAGUGAGAGUUGUGGUGAAGGGUGUUGUAUUGUCAUAAGGCUAUACCAGUGAAAUGCUAAAACACUUUUAAGUCCAAGGGCGACUUGGCAUAAAGAAUGUUUUACAUGGUUGUUGGCCAGUUUGUUUCUGUGUUUAACCCUCAAUUUUUUUUUAAUCAAAUGAACAUUUUGUGAAGAAUUCGAUGAGGGAUCUAUGUUAUUUGUAUUUUUUUUUUUUUUUUUUUUUUUUGCUUUCAAACAUUUCUGAUCAGAUUGUAAAAGUUAAAAUAUGAUACAAAAUUUGUUGUUUUGGAAGGGAGAAAGGGGGGGGGGAACUAAAAGUGUACUUUUAUUAUUUUAAGAAAUCUUUGGAUUUUUUUUUCUUUGCAAAAAUAAACUAAUUUUGAAAGCAA